UAAGCAGUGAUAAGCAUUUAAACCCAGAUCACUUCAGAGACUCCCAUACACACACCGUGCGUCCAUGGAUAACAGCUCCAACCACUGGGACUUGUUUGAAGAGAUAAAUAGGCCUAUCUGAAUUUUGCAAGUCACAUAAAUUUGACAAAUAGUCCAAACUUAUUUCUAGGCGCAGACUCAGAAUUGGUGCCAUGAUACAAAGGUAACAAAGCCAGGUUUGACUGAACUGCGUGUCGAAGGAACUUUGGGCUGCAUUCCGGCGGACUGAAUUGAAAAAGGAGCAGCAGAGGAAACUGUUUCAGAAAUGGCAAAGCCUAUGGACCAUGUUAAACGCCCCAUGAACGCUUUUAUGGUGUGGUCGAGAGCCCAGAGACGGAAGAUGGCACUGGACAACCCAAAGAUGCACAACUCUGAGAUCAGCAAACGGCUCGGAGGCGAAUGGAAACUCCUGUCAGACUCUGAAAAAAGACCUUUUAUCGACGAGGCCAAACGCCUUAGAGCCGUUCACAUGAAAGAACACCCGGAUUACAAAUACAGACCGCGGCGAAAGCCCAAAAACUUGAUCAAAAAAGACAGGUAUCAUUUUAACGUGACGUACAAUCUGGGUGACAGUGACCCGCUGAAAACGGACUCGCUGAGCGCGGAGAAAACAUCUGUCGCCGCUGCUACUCGGGUGUUUUUCAGUCACCACCUGUCCACCAAUCCCUAUCCGUUUCUCGACCUGAACUCCAAAAUGUCGGAAUUACCCCCUGCACCUUUCCCACAUUACUCAAUGCUCGGGUAUCCCGGUGGAGUCUCCGCGUUUCCCGGGAUUCCCGGGGUUCUGGCCGGUGCGCCGCACGCUCACCCGUCCGCGGGUAAUCCGGGCCACAUGGUGCCCUAUAACUGCCUGGGCUGGCCGGGUUCUGGACCUGCUGUUCCUUCAUCGUACGUGUUUUUACCAGGAAUGACCAAAGCUCAGCACGAACCUUAUCUGACGUACGCUGCGACGAUUUGAUUGGAAAAUAAACGGACCACAAUGUUUGUGUGGUAUAAGGUCACGUGCACUUGUUUAAAGCUUUCCAUUUUGUAAAAAAAAAAAAGAAAAAAGAAAAAAAAAGAAAUAAAUGUUGAAAAUAUUAUUUGUGCAAAGAGUUGAAUCUUUCAUGUUUUUGUAUUUUAUUAAAAAAUUGCAGUUGUGUAGUUUGAACUUUGCUGUAAAACAAUGUCUUUACAAGCAUAGCUAUAAAUAUUAGGCUAAAUAUAGCAAUUUGUUGGCUAUAUUUUACAGUUAGCAACCGUACAUGUCGUUAACUGAUAUAAUUGCCUAUUUGAGCUAAUAAAUAAUGUUACUGUAAAACGUGCUGAUAAUAACACACAGGUGGUACAAUGCAAGGUCACAUGGUAUGACCAAUAAUAACAUAAAGACAGAGCACGGUGUUACACACAAACAAA